GACACAAAGCCUGUCUCCCUCCUUACAUUCAUCAACAUUACCAGAUUUCAACCACUUGAAGCUAAAAAAGAUCAAAUCUUUUUAUCUGGGUUUUCAGGUAGCCGUCUUUCAUGGGGUACUGUCCAAGUUCAAGGGUGUUCAACAAAGCGAUGGUGAUGUUCUGUGGGAAGCCAAGAACAGAGGAUAAAGGCAUGUCCGAAGAGAACAAGAACAAGAAGAUGAUGAUCAAAGGAACAGUGGCUUUGAUGAAAAAAAAUGUUUUGGACUUCAAUGAUCUCAAAUCUUCUUUGCUCGAUCGAGUUCAUGAGCUGCUAGGCAAAGGCGUGUCUUUGCAGCUUAUCGGUGCUGUUCAUACAGACCCUGCCGACGGGUUGCGAGGGAAGCCUGCAUAUUUGGAGAAAUGGAUCACAACGGUCACACCGUUAACCGCUGGUGAAACCGUGUUUAGCAUCGAAUUCGAGUGGGAUGAAUCCAUGGGCGUCCCUGGAGCUUUCAUCGUUAAAAACCAUCACCACAGCCAGUUCUACCUCAAGACACUCACUCUCGAAGAUGUUCCAGGCCACGGCCGCCUCCAUUUCGUAUGCAAUUCGUGGGUGUAUCCAGCUCAUCGUUACAAUUAUCAUCGAGUUUUCUUCUCCAACAAGACCUACCUUCCAUGUCAAAUGCCUGAACCAUUACGCAAGUAUAGGGAAGAAGAGCUGAUGAAUAUCAGAGGAAAUGGAAAAGGAAAAGGAAAAGGAAAGCUCAAUGAAUGGGAUAGAGUUUAUGAUUAUGAUUACUAUAAUGACUUGGCAAUGCCUGAAAAGGGUCGUAAUUUCACGCGUCCGGUCCUUGGCGGAUCGCAGGAGAUUCCAUAUCCGAGACGGGGGAGAACCGGUCGGAAACCACACAAAAAAGAUCCGAAUACAGAGAGCAGGCUAUCGCUUCUAAACUUAAACAUUUAUGUUCCAAGAGAUGAACAAUUCAACAUGGUGAAAUUUUCGGAUUUUCUGGCCUAUGCUCUCAAAUCAUUGUUUCAGGUAUUGGUCCCCGAGAUUGCAGCGGUGUACGACAAAACCGUAAACGAGUUUGAUUCGUUUCAAGAUGUACUCAAUCUAUAUGAAGGUGGUAUCAAACUACCAAAUGAUGACACUCUUAAGAAGAUAAGGGAUUGCCUCCCUUGGGAGAUGAUCCGAGAACUUGUUCGUAACGAUGGUGAACGGUUCAUGAAGUUCCCAUUGCCUGCUGUCAUCAAAGAGGACAAGUCGGCCUGGAGGACAGACGAAGAGUUUGCACGAGAAACACUAGCCGGAGUCAAUCCUGUUGUCAUCAGUCGGCUCGAAGAAUUUCCACCAGCCAGCAAGCUUGAUCCGAAAGCAUAUGGGAACCAGAAGAGUAGGAUUAUGACGGAACAUAUUGAGAUGAAUAUGAAUGGACUCACAGUGGAAGAAGCACUUAAAGGCAACAAACUGUUCAUAUUGAAUCAUCAUGAUGCAUUGAUGCCGUACAUGCGGCGGAUAAAUUCGACUAGCACGAAGACUUAUGCCACGAGAACUCUAUUCUUAUUGCAAGACGACGGCACACUGAAGCCAUUAGCGAUUGAGUUGAGCCUACCACAUCCACAAGGGGACACCCAUGGUCCUGUUAGCAAAGUUUUCACUCCGUCGGAGGACGGAAUCGAAGGUUCGGUCUGGCAAUUGGCCAAAGCUUAUGCUGCCGUGAAUGAUUCUGGCUACCACCAGCUCAUUUCUCAUUGGUUGAACACACAUGCUGUGAUUGAGCCAUUCAUAAUUGCAAGUAAUAGGCAGCUGAGUGUGGUUCACCCCAUAUAUAAGCUCUUGCAUCCCCAUUUCCGGGACACGAUGAACAUAAAUGCUUUAGCCCGGCAGAUCCUCAUCAAUGCCGGUGGGGUAUUCGAAUUGACCGUCUUUCCGGGUAAACAUGCCCUGGAAAUGUCUUCUUCUGUUUACAAGGACUGGGUUUUCACUGACCAGGCUCUCCCUAUUGAUCUAAUUAAGAGAGGAAUGGCUGUUAGGGACACAGGCAGCCCAUUUGGCCUUAAACUUCUGAUAGAAGACUAUCCUUAUGCUGUCGACGGGUUAGAAAUAUGGUCAGCCAUCGAAACUUGGGUCACCGAGUAUUGCUCAUUCUACUACCCUUCAGACGAAGUGGUAAAAGCGGACAUCGAGAUCCAAUCAUGGUGGACCGAGAUUCGGAACGAGGGCCACGGCGACUUGAAACACGAACCAUGGUGGCCCGAUAUGAACACACGAGCCGAGCUCAUCGAAGCAUGCACAAUCAUCAUAUGGAUCGCUUCUGCAUUGCAUGCGGCCGUCAACUUCGGACAAUACCCUUACGCAGGCUACCUCCCCAAUAGGCCGACGAUUAGCCGUCACUUCAUGCCCGAACCGGGCACGGCCGAGUACUCCGAGCUUGAGGAGGACCCUGACUUGGCCUUCCUCAAAACAAUCACACCACAGUUCCAAACUCUGCUCGGCGUCUCACUUAUCGAGGUCUUAUCGCGGCAUACAACUGAUGAAAUAUACCUCGGACAACGAGAUACGCCGGAGUGGACUUCAGACGCCGAACCCUUAGCCGCAUUCGAAAGAUUCGGAAGGAAGCUGGUGGAGAUUGAAAACAGAGUAAUGGAGAGGAACAAUGACAGUAGAUUGAAGAACAGAAAUGGAACUGUGAAGGUACCAUAUACAUUGCUGUAUCCCAACACGUCAGAUUACUCGAGAGAAGGUGGACUCACGGGCAAAGGAAUCCCAAACAGUGUCUCGAUAUAAUCUUUAAAGUAUAUAUAUAUAUAUAUAUAUAUAUAUAUA